AUGUCAUUUAAUAGUCUUGCAUUUAAUGUCUCGAAAUCAACUCCAACUACUUCCACAAAUAAUACAAACACAACAUCAAUAAAGGCAUCAAAUUCCAGUUCAAGUAAAGAUUUGAAUUCCAACAACAAAUCAAAAUUUUCAUCAACCAAUCUUGAAGCAUUAGCAAGUUCCGAAGAUAUAAAAUCAGAUUCCCCAGAUUUGAACUCGAAAUCAAAGAAUGCUGGUGCCACAAAUCAAUUGAACUUACUGAAUUCACCAUCCAAAUCAACGCCAUUGUCACUAGAAACUAACUCUAAAACUAAUUCAUCUGAAAUUAAUGUCAAUCAUUCUAAUACGGCAUCAAUCAAAUCACAUCCAUCAAGUUCAAAACUCGGAUUUAGCCCUACAGUAGUUGCACCACCUGUAGUUACAAUUGCUCAAAAUAAUAACGAAGACAAAUCUAACACAAUUAAAUCAACAAACACUACAAGUUCAAAAAAGUCAGAUUUGAAAGGAUUAUUUGAUAAGUAUGAUUUGAAAGGAGGAGCAAAUGAAAGUGGAUCAGAAACAAAUGACAAAUCCAGAACCAGUACAAAUAAAGCAGAGAAAGAAGUGAUAGAAAACGAAAAAUACGAAAUUGAACAUGAGCAAAAACUUGAAAAAAUGCAGCUGGAUGAUGAAUAUCUAGAAGAUGAUUUAGAUAAAGAGAAUAAAGAAAAAAUGAUAGAAAUUAAAAGAGAAGAACCACUCAUUAAACAAGAAGAUGUACUAGAAUCAAAAGGUCCUAAACUAACUGCUGUGAAAAUUGAUCAAUCUGCUCAUUUGAAUAUGAUUGCACAAGUUUAUAAUCCACCGCAAGAUGAAUUAAUUACUAAUGAUGAAACUAAGCCAGCAGAAAAAACCAAAAACAAUACUUUGACCGAAAAUAAUGGUAAAAUCCAGGAAGAAAAUCAAUCAAAAAUUAUUGGUGAAGAGAGGAGUACUGUUGAUAAAUCAUCAAGUGACGAGGAUGAGUCAAAUGCAUCAGAUAAACUUACAUUAGAGAAAAAGAAAGUUCAAGAUAAUCCUAAAACAGAAAAUUUGGAGAGCAACAUAGAAGUUGAAGACAUACUUAACAAACAAGUUGAUUUGAAAUAUCCUAUUACAGAUGGUUCAAAUAAAAAUGGGGAAGUUUCUGAAAUUAUAGCGGACAGUAAGGUUGAUCAAAAAAAACUUACCAUACCGUCGGAUUCAAAUACAGUUGAGGAUGACACGAAGCAGCAUAAGGACCUAAAUACCCAAAAACCAGGAGAAGAGGAUAAAGCUGAAUCCAUCAAAAGUCUUCCGAAUCAAGCUGCUUCAAUCAAAAGUAAUAUAUCAAUUUCUUCACUGCCCGUUAGCUCAAAAGAAUCCAAGAAUGAAUUGGUUGAUAUUGCUGGGAAUGAAAUCGAACAUAAAGGAAUUGAAGAUAUAGAAAUUAAAAAUGAAGGACCAUUAACAAGUGAAGCAAGACCUGAAACUAAAAGUCUAGUAGGUAAAACACCAUUAAAUAUUAAAUACAAAGUUAACCCAACGGAACAACAUCAACAAUCUCAUAAAGCGUUUGAUUUCCAAAACUUUUUAGUACAAUUAAGAAAAAAGCCAGCAGAUCCAAUAGUCAGAUACUUAAGAUCAUUUCUUGGGUCAUAUAUAAAACAAGUACAUUCAUUUUCAGCUGAUCAAAGAAUAUCAAUAAUUAUGGAUUUUAAAAGUUUCAUCAAUGAAAAGUUCAAAUUGUAUGAACCUUUUGCAUCAAUGGAUAAUCUUGAUUUAGAAAAUUCUAGAGAAGGUUUGGAAAAGUUAAUAAUGAAUAGAUUAUAUGAUUUAUGUUUCCCACCUGAAGUUUUCAAACAUACAAAUUAUACAUUACAAAUACCGCAAUCUUAUCAAAAUGAUUUGAAGAAAGAUAGAGAGUUUUCAACACAAUUAGAAAAAUACAGUUGGAUUAAUGGAUCCCAUUUUGAUAUCGAUAUGACUCAAAUAAGUCAUGUAAGCAUUAAAGAUGGUCAAGAUUUUUUUGAUUAUGCGAUUUUGGAAUUAAAUAAAAUUAAUAAUUAUAGAGCUCCAAGAGAUAAAAUAAUUUGCAUUUUGAAUUCAUGUAAAAUUAUAUUCAGCUAUUUGAAACUAAGUAAAAAAGAAACAAAUGCUGAUUCAUUCAUUCCACUUCUCAUACUAGUCAUAUUGAAAUCCAAAACCAAUCAUUUAAUAAGCAACAUUCAUUAUAUUGAAAAUUAUAGAGGAGAAGAAUGGUUAUCACAUGGUGAAACAAGUUAUUACCUUUCAUCAAUUCAAGGCGCUAUUAGUUUUAUACAAAAUUUAAGUAAAGAAGAUCUUACAAUAAAAGAUGAAGAAUUUGAUGCUCAUAUGGAAGCUUGGGAAGCUGAACAAAAACAAAGAGAAAAGCAAGAAAGAGAAGAAUUAGAGAGAUUACAACAAAUAGAAAUAAAACGUCAAGAAUUAAUUAAACAACAACAGCAGCAACAACAACAGCAGCAGCAGCAGCAGCAGCAGCAGCAACAACAACAACAACAGAGGAAUAGUCGACCACCAACUCCUAAACGUCGAUUAUCACAACCACAGCCAAGACACAUUACAAAUCAAAGAUCAAUGGAAAAUAUUCAACCUACAAGUCAAAACCUUGGAAUAUCACCAUCAAAUGUUUUAUUCUCAAGUGCAGAAAUGUUUACAAAGUCAAUAUCAAAUUUCUUGUCACCACUGCCACAAUCAAAUAACGAACAAAAUGAUCCAAACCUAGAUUAUAUCUCAUCAAAUUUACCACAAAGUCCAAUAAAUUCUCCUCCACCACCUGCAUUACCACCAAGAACUUCUCAACAAAGUAUUCCACAACUAGAAAGAGGUAACAAUGAAUCAUUAAUUGAUUUAGAAUCUAAUACUACAACUACACUAAAUAGUAGAUAUCAACCAGAACCACCAGCUGAAGACGAAAUUAAUUCAGAACAAAUGAAAAAUGCUUAUGAUAUAUUAAAAGAAGUUUUCCCUACUUUAGAUACAAAUAUACUAAAAGAUGUUAUUUUUAUUAAUAAGGGAGAUGUUGAUGUUUGUAUUGAUGCUUGCUUACCAUUAGUUGAUGGAUAA